ACUAGUCAUGAUGAUGGAUAGAGCUGUACUGCUCGUUUUCUGCUGUCUGGUGAUGUCUGUAUCAGUUGCCCCACUCUACCCAUCUAUUAGGUUUGGUCAGAGGGACACGUCCAUCCUGUUGACCUCCUCUAUAGAGCAUCCCAUGCAACUGCUGGAAGAAAACAGCACCCCCUUGACGCAAAAAGCCGAACUGCGAUCAGGAAGACAUGCUGAUGCUAUCUUUACCAACAGCUACAGGAAGGUUCUAGGUCAAAUCUCAGCCAGGAAGUUCCUACAGAGCAUCAUGGGAAAACGGCUACAAGUAGAAGGCCGGAGCUAUAAUGUGAAAUGUCAGUCAGACAUUUACGAGGGCACCUACAAACAGGACCUGACAUCUGUUCAGAGAAAACAGAGUUACAGGGGACAGCAAAACAAUUUCAAGAAGCCAAGACUUCUAUGUAGUGAAUGUAAGCGAGGACAAAGUGAAGACAAGAAGUGUUUAUCUCCAACCCUAAUGACCUGAAAAUGUCAAAAUAAUAAAUUAAAAGCUAUUUUCCUAUCAAAGCUUUGAGUCAAGAAAAUCAAUGUCACUCAGUUCAUACACUCUGGAAAACAAUUGUACUAAAGGAUAUGUAACCACAGUUUUCACAAUAAAGCAA